AUGUGGGGGCGCGUACUCGCCGCAGCCGCCACAGGCGUCUCUGCCACGUUACCCAGCCUUCGCGGCCGUGCCUCCACGCUCCCCGCCCUCCCGCUCACGCUCACGUCGGGCCGUCUCGCCCGCCUCGCGCCCUCCUCCGCCGUGCUCACCGCGUCCGAGACCACCAUUCUCGCCACCAUCUCCCACAGCCCCCCUUCCUCCUCCCCACCUUCCUUCACCCCUCUCUUGGUCGACUUCCGCGUCAAAGCCGCCGCUGUCGGCGUCAUCCCUGGCACCUGGGCGCGCCGUGAGCUCCAGCCCGCUAUCCAGGAAACCCUCGUCGCCCGUCUCAUCGACCGCGCCCUGCGCCCGGCCCUCGCCCCACCGGGCGCCGCCCUGCCGCCCACGCAGCUCACCGUGUCCGUGCUGUCCUCGGUCAAGGCACCGCAGGCACCGGUCGACGCCCUCGCCGUCAACGCCGCAGCGGCCGCUGUGGCGGCAUCCGCGGUCGAGUGGGCCGGCCCUGUUGCUGCCGCUCGAGUUGCCCUCGUGGAUGGCGUCCCGGUUCCGUUCCCUCCGGAGAGCAUGCUCCAUCGUGCCACGCUCUCUGUCUUUGUUGCGGCAAAUGCCACUGGCAACUUGCUCUCCAUGACCGUGCAAUCGCUUCGCGGCGCCGUUCCGCAGGAGGCAGUCAUGGAGACUGUUCAAGCGGCUGUGUCUACUGCCCAAACUUUGGCUGAAUUGCAGACAGAGUUUCGGGAAAAAGUCCGCCACAUGCGCGAGCGAGAAGGGCACAGCGCAUUUCCGAGGCAGAUGCCGCGCCCAGCGAGGCGGACUGAGAACUUCUAUGAGCCGUUGGCAAAGGCUGAUGCCGACAAAGUGUAUGAGGUGGCGUCGCGGGUCUACCGUGACGCAUUUCUCGAGUGUCGCCAAUUUCCUGGUAAAGCGCACCGCGCGGCUGUUUUGACUGAGGCCCAACAGUCUAUUGUCGAUCACUUCCCAGAUCUGACGCUAGAGCCGGUUCUUGAGGAGGCACGGCGUGCGUCCAGGGAGACAUAUAGAGAGGUUUUGCUGCGGGAUAAAUUGAGGAUGGAUGGGCGUCGUUUCGAUGAACUGCGCACAAUCCGCUGUGAGACCAGGGUGCUCCCAGGGGAUGUACAUGGGAGCGCGCUGUUUGAAAGGGGAGACACCCAAGUAUUGGCAUGCUCAACUGUUGGUCUAAAAUCACAAGCUAUGCGAACGGAAGAAUACGUCGUGGGCGGUGGAGAGUGGAAGAGCUUUUUCGUGCAUUACUCGUUCCCGCCAUACUCGACAGGCGAGUAUGGGAGAUUUGCCGGGUCUUCCAGUCGAAGAGAGGUGGGACAUAGCAUGCUGGCAGAACAGGCGCUUCGGCCGCUCCUUAAUUUCUCAUGCGAUACAAAAGCGAACGAGCAAUUGCUAUCGAGUACUAACAAUAAGAGUCGAGAAGAGGAUGAAGAAAACUCGUAUCCUUAUUCUCAUCGCCUGUCCGCUGAGGUCCUCGCCUCUGACGGCUCCAGUUCAAUGGCUACGGUUUGUGCUGGAUCGAUGGCAUUGAUGGAUUCUGGGGCACCCCUGGAGGACGCAGUGGCUGGGGUGGCUAUGGGCGUCGUCCGCGGUCCAAACUUUGCAGUUGGCGAUGCGUCCGAUUACACAGUUUUGACAGAUAUUCUUGGAUCCGAGGAUCAUUUCGGAGACAUGGACAUGAAGGUGACCGGGACAAGAUCUGGGGUUACUGCUUGCCAGUUGGAUGUGAAGCCUCAUGAUGGAUUACCUGUGGAUGUAGUCCAAAAUGCCCUGCGCAAUGCGUCAUUGGCUCUUUCAAAGAUUCUUGAUGAAAUGGGCGCAGUGUGCCCGGUUGAGCCUCGAAGCUUUCCAGAAAAUGCCCCACGAGCCUUUGAGGUGCCGGUCGAUAUGUCAGUAGCAGUGAAAACACUUAUGAAGGACCGAGCGCUUGGAUUGAAGCGCAUCGAGGACAAGUCGGGAGCUCGCCUAUUCCUUGACGGGAAAAAACAGGUCUUUAGAAUCGAGGCACCGAACAAAAGUGCUUGCGACGCUGCGCAAUCUUUAAUUAGAGAUGCACUCGGCAAUUUAGAUAUUGGAACAAAAAUGACGGCCACCGUGGAUGAAAUCAAGCCGUCCUAUGCCGUCGUAAGAACAACUUCAGGAAGCGCCUGUGGCAUUUUGCACGUAUCCAAGAUGCAAGUCAACCCCGCCAGUGGCUUAGCGUCAGCGGGGGUCAAAGAAGAUGGUGCCGACCCCAAAUCAGAGCAAAUAUCGCUCGCAAAGCUCCGCUACCCCGAUGUCAGGACAUUGUUGUCCCGUGGGGAUGUCCUCGAAGUGGUGGUCUUAGAGUCUGACCGGGCUAGAAGUGUUUUACGCUUUGGACUUGUCUCAAAACUGAAAACCACACACGCUGAUCUUAUCAAGUCUGAAAUAGAUGCUGUUCUUGCUGCGUCUGUUUCAGCGAAGGCAGCAUCAUGAGGACGUCUUGCAUGGAAUAUUGUACAGAACAAACCUCCGGUCAAAAGCCGUGAGCAAUAAGCUGAUACCUAACUGGGAGCAUAUUCAAAAAUAUAUAAAUGUGCCUCAU